AUGCUGCGCGACGAUGGACCGCCCCAGGUUCCAGUGCACGCACGCCGGCUGCCACAAGGCGUAUCUGCGCAGCGAACACCUCAACCGCCACUCGCUCAUCCACAAGAAGGCCGCCUUUCUCUGCUAUCUGUGCCAGAAGCGCUUCACCCGCAAGUACGUACACAUGUAACUCCACCACACACCGCUCAGGGACACCCGCUCAUCGCCUCUUUCUCGUGCAGCGACCUGCUUAACGCGCACCUGCGCCGCCACGAGAAGCGCGGCCAGGUCGCCGACCUCUCGUCCGCCGCGCUCUCCGCCUCCGCGUCCACCGCCAGCCCGCCGCCCGCGCUAUCGCCCGCCCAUGACCGCUCGCCCGCCGACCCGCCGUCCGCCGGCCCGUCCGCCGCCCCCUCCGCUCUCUCCGCUCCCGCUCCUCCUCCUCCACCUCCGCCGCCCCCGCCCCCGCCCGCAGUGUCACCCCCCCCAGCCCCGGCGUCGUCCUCCGCUGUCCCCGCUAGCUUCCCGCCCGCCCUGCUCUCCCCCCCGCCCCCGCCUCCACCACCGCCGCCCGCGCAGUCCUUCCCGCCCGAAGAUGACUACACGUGGCUCUUCCACGGCGCCAGCCUGUUCGACCUUCCCCCCGAUGACUACCUCAAUCUGCACUUCGGCGCCGGCAUCGUGCCCAACUCUCCUCCCCCCUUCUACGCCCAACAUCUCGAACCCACUUCUGCCGCCGCCGCCGUUGCUGCUGCGUGCGACCCGCCCAAACCUACCGUCUGUGAUCAUGAGCGGCUUCUGACAGACUGCCCUAUUCUCUUAACCAGUCCGCUCCAGCACCCAUCGCAGAUCAACCGCAUCAUCCACCUAGCCCUGGACUACUGCGACGUUUAUCUGCCUCUCUUUCAUCGCCCCACCCUCGAGAUAGCCUCGUGUCCUCCAGUGUUACUUCUCGCCCUCUGCAGCUUGGGCACGUUCAAAGCUCUAGCCACUCCGCGUGUGGAGAUGUGGUUUCUCCAGUCGCUAGUGCUCGUUGAGCAUAUUGGUACCUACACCAUGGCUCGCCAUGAACACGAAAUGGCCGAGGUUGCCCAUAGUGUGAUUGUAACACUUGCUCGGCGGAAUAAUCUAUUAACAGAGAGCUGUCGCCCUGAAAGCGGCUCGCGGCAGUCUCUUGACAUGAAAUGGAGAGAUUGGGCCCAGCGAGAAUCCAUCAUCAGAAUUGCAUACACUAUCUUUUCAAAUGAUGUGCAGUAUAGCGUAUUCUUCUCGCAUCACGCUCUUCUCUCUGUUGGAAUGAUGAAACUCCCCCUUCCAAGCCCCCCGGCAGUCUGGGAAGCUACGAGCGCCAUGGAAUGGGAGACACAGCUACGACAGCUCAAAAAGUCUACGCGAUCGCGCUACUACAGUCUGGACUCAGCUGUCGAGUCGAUAAUGUCGAUGAAGGACCCUGACCAUAAACGCGAAUUCAUGCAGUGCUUUAACGUCUCGAAUCCGUUAUCGAUACACCUACUCAUCCAUGGAAUCGCCGCCGCCAUCAGUGACACCCAGUACCGUUCGGUUGCCUCAUCCGCAACCUCGGCCACCCUGAGCCUUAAGAUGGCAGAUUUUGACGAGGCUCUGCGCCAUUGGCGAUAUUGUUAUGACAAGCUCCCCGAAACGGGCCAGCAAUCCCGGGUCUCAUGGUGCUCACAGGUGAUGUAUCAUUUCUCUGCGGUGCUGCUCCGAAACAGUCUAUCAGACAUCCAGAUGGCUGCAGGCAGUGCUUACUCCUCGGGCCGUGCUGUUACCCCGCAAUGCGCGCAGGCCGCGUAUUCACGAUUAGUGUCGACGGACCCUGUCAGCCACGAUUCGUAUCUGCACGGCUUGCAAGUAGUUUGUCUAUGUCUACAAGAUUCCGAGAGUGCUCCUCCUUCGAGUUCGGGCCCCAGUAGCAUAACUCUCCCCUCGUCGACGCCCCGGCCCCUAUGGCAGACGUACGGCGCAUUCCUCGGCCUGUUAGUUCUGUGGACUCGGGCCUUGGGACUAGAACAGAAGGAAACUGCAAAAACAGAAUCGAGUACCGCACUAACCGCUCUAUCAUCGAACUCUGUCCCCGGUGCGGGUAUGUCGGCGCUGAGCAACAUGUACCAGCGUGAGGUGGCCCGCGCUAAGACUUCUCGAGAGGAAGUACAGACAUUGAAAAGCGAGCUACGACAAUUGAUUGGCAUUGUCUGCCGUCGCUUGACGGCACGACCGUGGGAAAUAUCCCACGAAGCAGCUCGCAUCUUAACAUCGAUGGGGGAGCGAGAAGCCUUGGAACAAAACUCGCUGAGCCCGGGUGAUGAACCUCGGACGAACACUGAGGCUUAG